GAAUUAUCAUAGAAAUAUAUGAAAAGUAAUACUAAACAUAUAAAUUUGAUAAAGAGGAGUGAAGUAUAUAUAAAUUAUAUAUUAGAGUUAAUUAACUGGUUCAAUAGUAUCAGUUUAUGGUGGAACACAUCCAAGAACAAUUAUAUUUUGUGAAACUAAAAGAGAAUGUAAUGAAAUUAUUUUACAUUCAAAAUUACCUUCUGAAACAUAACCAUUAAAUGGAGAUAUUCAUUAAUAAUAAAGAACAGUAGUAACAUUAGAAGGAUUUAAGAAUGGAAAAUUUAAAUGUUUAGUAGCAACUAAUGUAGCAGCUAAAGGUUUAGAUUUCCCAUAAGUAGAUUUAAUUAUAUAAUGUAAUCCUCCUUAAGAUAUCAUAUAUACAGAGAUCAGGUAGAACAGGUAGAGCUGGAAAAGAUCGUAUAUGUAUCACAUUCUAUUCAAAAAAGGAUAUUACUUUAAUUGAAAGAGUUGAAAGAAUAGCUAAAAUUAAGUUCAUUAAAAUAUCUGCUCCUUAACAUUAAGAUAUUAUUAAGGCUAGUUCUAGAGAUUUAUAAACAAGUUUAUAAGUAGUUAGUAAAGAAAUUGUUGAUUUAUUUUAACCAGUAGCUUAAGAAAUUAUACAAAGAUGUGAUCCUGUUGAAGCUUUAGCUAGAUAGAGCAUUAGCUUGUGUAAGUGGAUAUAAAGAUAAAUUAUAAAAUAGAUCAAUUAUGGGAUCAUUGAAGGAUAUAUUACAUAUCUUUUAAAUAUAUCUACUUCAUUCUAAGCUUGUGGUUAUAUUUGGAAAUUCUUAAAAAAUAAUUUCUCAGAAUAAAUUUGUAAUUCUAUUAAAGGAAUGAAAAAAUUAAAAAAUUAAAAUGGUGUUGCAUUUGAUAUUACUGAAGAUGAUAAAGAACAAUUUGAAAAUUAAUAUUUACAAUUAGCUUCAAAUGGAUAUUGUACAGGAAUUCAAAUUGAAUAAGCUACUACACUUCCAGAUAUUAUUGAAGAAUAAUAUUUACAACAUUAAAAUUAUCAUUAACAACCUAUUGUUUGAGUAUCAUAAACUGUUAAAAAAGAAUAGAAAUUUUUAUAGGUGGAUUAGAUUUUUAAAUUACAGAAGAUGAAGUUAAAAAUGAAUUUAAAAUAGAGGACUUGACUUAUUCAAUCUUAGAAUAUUAAGUGGUUAAGAUGGAUAAUCUAAAGGAUCUGCUUUUGGAGUAUGUAGAACUAAGGAUAUGGUAUUAGUAACUUUAAAAUAAAAUGGAAC